AUGAGCUCUGGUACUGCUUCGGCGCGCGAUCAGGCGCUCAGUUACAUCUCCGAUCCUCGCUUCACCCAAAAGUUCACCCUGCCCGAAGGUGAAAAUCAGGAUGCCAUCACCGUCAGCUUUGCAGACGUGGGCUUCAAGCCAGACAGUGCGACCGCAGGUCGCAGCACCCCGACCGUACUCUUCAUCCCCGGCAUGUUUGGAUCGAGAUACAUCGGCGCUGUACUCGACCCUGUUGCGCGGAAAUACGGAGUGCGAGUCUUGGUGAUUGACCGCCCUGGCAUGGGGUUCUCAACAGAUGUGCCUCUUUCUCGGCGAAUUCCAACGUGGAUUCAAAUUGUUCCCCGGUUAUUAGCUCACCUGGACAUUUCGCACGUUGCCCUGGUUGCGCAUUCUGCUGGGAUGCUAUAUCUGCUCAACUCAUUGCAUCACCAUCGAAACUUGCUACAUCCCGAACGACCUUUUGUUGCGUUCAUGGGCCCAUGGACUGAUCCUGCCCACUCGAAAAUUACGUCAAUGCAAAUACUUCAAUAUAUCCCAACGCCAGCCUUCAAUGUAUGGCACCGCAUUCCGCGAUUCUUCGCAGUCGACGCCGCCCCCGUAAUAACGACCAGUGGAACCUUGCUCAACAAAGCCACCAGCUUGUUCUCCACCUCGAUGGGCAUUAACAACGCCCAGGAGCUUACAGCCCUAGAAAGAAAUAGGCAAAAGCUAGCAGACGAAUACGACUUUCCACGAGAUCUGCAAAUGGAACUGUCAACGAUACUCACUAAGAAGAUAUUUGACGAGAACACUGUGGGUGCCAAUAGUGAGGCGCUUCAAUGCUUAAGAAAGGGCAAAGGAUGGUCAUGGGAAGCUUGCGAUGACUACGGCGCCUUCGUAAAAUCCCUUGUGAGCACUGAGAGACAGAGACGUCAGAUGAACCCCAAUUGGCAAGACAGCAUGAGGCUCAAAGUGAGGGCAUACUUCGCCGAAAGCGAUAUCAUGAUUGGUGCAAGCGGCCAGAAGUACAUUGAAGAAAUCUGUGGAUGGAAAGGCAAUUCAUUCGAGGAUGUGUUGGAUUUCGACUCAUUCACUGUUCCCGGCACUGACCAUGACAGUGUUAUGCAGCCUGUUGAAAUUUUGGAGCAGGUGUUCGUUGAUGCUGGAGGCAGUCCGAUUCGUUAG